AUGGCCGAAAUACAACGGAACAGAAAGUGCCUAGGGGCAGACUGUGAAAAUCAGGCUGGAGAUUUACAGUGCCCGACAUGUUUAAAGAUCGGCUUGAAAGACAGCUAUUUCUGCUCGCAGGAUUGCUUCAAAAGGAACUGGAGCCAGCAUAAAAUUCUACACAAAACCGUGCAAGCGACGAGGCUGCACAAUCCUUUCCCCACAUUCUCAUUCCCCCCCGGAAGUAUCCGACCCGUCUAUCCGCUGUCUGAGUGGCGCACCGUCCCCAAAUCGAUCAAACACCCUGACUGGGCCGAGACCGGCGUACCGAAGGGUGAACUGCGCUUAAGCAGGACGAAAAUUGACAUUCUAGAUGCCAAGGGGCAGGCGGCAAUGCGCAAGGUCUGCGCAUUGGCUCGAGAAGUACUCGACAUCACCGCUGCCGAGAUCAGGCCCGGCAUUACCACGGAUUACCUGGACGAGGUCUGUCACAAGGCUUGUGUGGAGCGGCAGUCAUAUCCUUCCCCAUUGAAUUACAACCACUUUCCGAAAUCUCUGUGUACUUCUCCAAACGAGGUGAUUUGCCACGGAAUACCCGACCAGCGAAUCCUUCUCGAUGGUGAUAUCCUCAAUCUCGACAUCUCCUUAUAUCACGGGGGCUAUCACGCUGAUCUCAACGAAACCUAUUAUGUGGGUGAUCGAGCCAAGGCAGACCCAGAUUCAGUCAGAGUAGUUGAAACGACACGGGAAUGCUUGGAUAAAGCAAUUGAGCUCGUAAAGCCCGGAACGCCCUUACGAGAGUUUGGCCGGGUCAUUGAGAAGCAUGCAAAGUCUAGGGGCUGUAGUGUCGUCGCAACCUGGGGUGGCCAUGGCAUCAACACCGAGUUCCAUCCCCCGCCGUGGAUACCACAUUAUGCCAAGAAUAAGAUCCCAGGAGUAUGCAAAGCCGGAAUGACUUUCACAAUUGAACCUAUACUUACACUGGGAACACCUCGGGGAGUUUAUUGGCCAGAUGACUGGACAAAUGUAACCGUUGAUGGCAAACGAACUGCUCAAUUUGAACACACCUUGCUUGUCACAGAAACAGGCGUCGAGGUCUUGACUGCGGCGAACGAAAACUCACCAGGAGGCCCAAUACCCAUGCCAACUACUACCAAUGUGACAGAAGAAACUAACGGCGCAUCCAAUACAUAG